AUGGUUGAAGCCCAAAGGUUGUCAUUCAUCAGAGCUAAUCAGAAGUUAAUUCGCUAUGAUAUUCUUAAUGGAUUACAAGAAGCUGUUAAUAGAGGAGAGAUAGAUCCUUCUUUAAUUGGAAGACGUAUUGUCUUGCCUGCUUCAUUCACUGGUGGUACCAGAUACAUGUUCAACAAUUGUCAAGAUGCUAUGGCAAUUUGUAAAAAAAUUGGAUAUUCAGAUUUGUUCAUUACUAUAACAUGCAAUGUGAAUUGGAGUGAAAUAAAAGAAUUUGUCUUAGCAAAAGGCUUAUCAGCUUCGGAUAGACCUGAUAUUGUAUGUAGAGUGUUCAAAAUGAAGCUGGAUGAAAUGAUGACAGAUUUUAAGAAAAAGGACUUCUUUGGAAAAAGCAUUGAAGAAUUCCAAAAAAGAGGUUUACCUCAUGCACAUAUACUUUUAUGGUUGGAUGGAGAAAACAAAUUGAAGAAUUCAACUGAUAUUGAUAAAGUAAUAUCAGCUGAAUUGCCAAAUGCUGAUUUGUACCCCAAAUUGGAAAAAGUUGUCUCAAGUUACAUGAUUCAUGGACCAUGCAGACCUACAAGACAUAAUUCACCUUGCAUGAAGGAAGGAAGAUGUUCUAAAUUUUAUCCAAAAAAAUUCACAUCUUCGACUUCAAUUGAUGAAGAAGGAUAUCCAUGCUAUAAAAGACUUGAUAAUGGUAGAUUUGUUGAGAAGAAUGGAAUUAAGCUAGACAAUAGAAGUGUUGUUCCUUACAAUCCACCACUUCUAAUGAGGUAUCAAGCACACGUCAAUACAGAGUAUUGCAACAAGACCAAUUCAAUAAAAUAUUUGUUCAAAUAUGUGAACAAAGGUCCCGACAGAGCUACUCUUAAAAUAAGCAACAACUCUGCACAGUCUGAAAAAUCAACCAUUAUUGAUGAGAUCAAAAGGUAUUACGAUUGUAGGUAUCUAUCACCAUGUGAAGCUGCUUGGAGAAUAUUUGCUUUUGACAUCCAUCACAGAUGGCCUCCUGUUCAGAGAUUGACAUUUCAUCUUCCUGGCCAACAAUCAGCUUUGUUUAAAGAUGAUGAUGAUAUUAAUGUGGUCUUCAACAGAUACGAAAAUGCUAACACAAUGUUUCUAGCUUGGUUUGAGGCUAACAAAGUUUAUGAGGAAGGAAAACAAUUGACUUAUUCAGAAUUUCCAAGCAAAUUUGUGUGGUUUGCCAAAGAAAAAGAAUGGAAACCAAGGAAGAAAGGCUACAACAUUGGUAGACUUACUUAUAUUCCUCCUGGGUCUGGAGAACUUUAUUAUUUGAGGAUAUUACUGACCAUUCAAAAAGGUUGUAUUGAUUAUGAAAGCAUUAAGACAAUUGAUAGAAAGUAUUAUGAAACAUACCAAGAAGCUUGCUAUGUUUUGGGAUUGUUGGCUGACGACAAAGAAUAUAUUGAUGCAAUCAAAGAAGCAAGUCUUCAAAUUCAGACUGCUGAAUUACAAAAACUAUGUCUACUGGAAAUAGAGGAAAUGCUAAUGUCAAAUGGUAGAAGUUUGAAAGAUUAUCCUUCAUUACCUCAACUUGAUCUUUCAGAUGUACAUACAUUCAAUAAUAGAUUUAUUAUUGAUGAGCUGCAAUAUAAUAAACAAGACAUGGCGAAAGAACAUGACAGUUUGUUUAAAGCACUGAAUGAUGAACAAAUUCAUGUAUAUCAGGAUAUCAUGACAAUAGUUCUUUCAAAGAAGGGAGGAUUCUUUUUCUUAUAUGGCUAUGGUGGUACAAGUAAGACUUUUAUGUGGAAGACAUUGUCGGCUGGUCUAAGAAGCAAGGGCAUGAUUGUUUUGAACGUAGCAUCAAGUGGAAUUGCUUCUUUAUUACUUCCUUGUGGAAAAAUAGCACACUCUACCUUUUGCAUCCCACUGUUAAUUAAUGAUGAAUCAACUUGCAACAUAGCACAAGGUAGUCUUAGAGCAAAACUUCUUAUGGCAACCAGUUUGAUUAUCUGGGAUGAAGCACCAAUGAUGAAUAGAAUGUGCUUUGAGGCAUUUGAUAGAACACUAAGAGAUAUUAUACGAAAUGUUGAUGAUGCCAAUAAAGACAAACCAUUUGGUGGCAAAACAGUUGUGUUGGGAGGUGACUUUAGACAAAUUCUACCAGUUAUAAAAAAAGGAUCUAGGUUUGAUAUCAUAAAAUCAGCAAUCAACUAUUCAGAGUUAUGGAAUUGUUGUAAAGUGCUAAAGUUAUCCAAGAACAUGAGAUUAAGUACUACAUCAAAUACUGAAAUAGCCAAUGAUAUUCAAGAAUUUGCUGAUUGGAUAUUGAAGAUUGGAGACGGGAAAAUGGAUCUAAAUGAGAAUGGUGAGUGCAUGGUUGAAAUUCCAGAACAGAUCCUGAUUACAAACACAGAUUUACCUUUAUUGGCAUUGGUUGAAUUAUUCUAUCCUCAAUUUGUGGUUAACAUGUUGAAGCCUAAUUAUUUUGAUGAUGGAGCAAUUUCGUGCCCAACAAAUGAUUCUGUAGAGCAAGUAAAUGAUUUCAUGUUGUCUUUAAUUGGUGGUGAAGAGGUGACUUAUUUAAGUUCAGAUACACCUUGCCAAUCUGAUGAACAAGAUGAAGUGCAAUCUGAAUGGUUUACAUCUGAAUUUUUAAAUGAUAUCAAAUGUUCAGGGAUACCAAAUCAUAAACUGAAGUUGAAAACAUGUGUUCCAAUUAUGCUCUUGAGAAACAUUGAUCAAGUGAAAGGUCUAUGCAAUGGCACAAGAUUGCAAGUCAACCAUUUAGGCAAGAAUGGUUGCCUUUCAAAUUUCAAAGAAGACAGUUUCCAAUAUCGUUAUGCUUUGCAAUGA